AUGGCUUCCCUGCCAGAAUUGCUUGAAGACCAUCAGGGUACAAAGAGAAAAGUGUGCUGCUUGAGGUGCCAUAUCCUGAUUCCUUCAAACAGCUCCAGGUGUGUGUGGGUGGUGCUUCUCCUUGGAAUCAGCUGGACAGCAGAAAGUGUAGACUGUCCAAAGGAAUGCACUUGCCAGUAUCUGGCUGUGAACUGCACAGGGAAGCAGCUGUCAGACUUCCCAGCUACAAUCCCACUGGACACCAGGCAGCUGAUCCUGGCUCAAAACAAACUCAGUUAUUUGCCGUCCGUGGAGCUGAACUUCCUCAGUGACUUGAUCUAUCUAGAUUGCAGCAGCAAUGCUCUAGGUGAAGACCUGGAUUUCACAUUUGUCAGCAUCAUCAAGCUUGUCUACUUGGACCUCAGUUUCAACAACCUCACACAGGUAACAUUUGGCACCUUUUCACAACUCAGCAGCCUUGUUGUGCUAAAGCUCUCAGACAAUCCCAGCCUUGUGGAGAUUGAGAAGGACUCCUUUGCCAACAAUACCUGGUUGAGGCACCUAGAUGUGAGCCGCUGCAGCUUGACAUUCAUUGAUACAAGUACCGUCAGAGACCUGCCCAAUCUGAGAAGCCUGGGCUUAAGUGGGAAUCCCUGGUUCUGUAACUGCUCCUUCAUGGAACUGUGCAGCUGGAUGAAAGAGGGUGGGGUAACUAUCCCAGAUCCUGACAAUGUCACCUGCUACAGCCCAGCUUUUGUACAUGGCUUGAGGAUGCUGGAAGAAGCUCAGGAACAGCUCAAUUAUAAGUGCUACAUCCAUUUUGAUGACCAAGACUACCUUUUCCUGGGACUGGUUGGGUUCUGCAUAUUUUCUGCAGGUACUGUUUUGGCCUGGCUCUUAGGAGUGUGUGCAGUGAUAUAUGAAUUCUUAACUGCUACAGGAGAGGAAGAGGAAGAAGACACAGGGCAGUAG